CGGAGCCGGCUGGGGGCGGCGGGGCCGUUCGGAGCGGUGUGCGGAGCACGCCUCGUGCCUUCCACGCUGUGCUGCUGCGGGCGCCCGAAUCCCCGUGGCGUUUCUUUUUCUUCACGUCUUCUUGUUUAGCGUUUCCUUUAUAAGGCAAAGCUGAGAGCCCUGGGGCUGGUCAGCCUGGAGAAGAGAAGGCUAGGGGGGAUCUUAUCAGUGCUUGUGACCUAGCGCCGUCAGCUGAGUCCCUUUAUCCCAGGGAAGGCCUCCUUUACUCACGUUUCUUUUUCCCAUAUCUGAAGAAUGAGCGAUCGCUGGUGGCUGCUGUGGAGUAAGAGGCACGACCUUGCGCUUUGGCUUUCCCUGUUUUUGCUGCUGUUGCCAUUGAGAACUUGUUAAGCCAGAAGGGGAUGUGUUGAGUGUCAGAGCUGUGGCACACCUCGCUCCCAUGCUCUGCAUAGGCUCUCAGUUGCUCGCCUUCUGCUCCUCUGUUUCUUAACAGGCAAACAGAUGUGACAGCUUGACUCUUUCAAUAUGGAGAAGAAAAAAGUUUCAAAACGCCUGUAUGUCGGAGGGCUUGGCCAUACAGUUUCUAAGGCUGAACUGCAAGAAAGAUUUGGGAAGUUUGGACGUGUUUUGGAUGUAGAGAUUAUUACCAGAAAAGAUGAGCAGGGGAACCCUACGAAAACUUUUGCUUACAUCACUGUCAGCAGUUCUGAGUCAGAUCUUAGAAAAUGCAUAUCAAUUUUAAAUAAAACCAAAUGGGGAGGGAGGACACUGCAAAUUGAAUUUGCCAAAGAAAGCUUUUUACACAGGCUUGCCAUGGAGCGAGAGGAAGCAAAGCUGCAGAAAGAAAAGCCACGGAGAAAGGAUGAAACAGUUCUUCUAGAAUCACUGAAAAAGGCUGGUGUUGUAGACUUUCAUAUGAGAGCAGUACCAGGUACAGAGGUGCCAGACCAUAAGAAUUGGAUUGUGGGUAAAUUUGGCAGAGUCCUACCUAUCCUUCACCUUAGGAAUCAACAGAAAAAUAAAAUUGUGAAGUAUGACCCAUCAAAAUAUUGCCACAACCUUAGAAAGCUGGAGGAAGACUUGACACAUGUAGUUCCUGUAUCCAAGCUUACCUGGCAUUUGGAAGAGAAAGAUGACAGCAUAAGCAAGAAACGACAAGGGGAGUUCCCUGUGACUAAAGAGCAACCUAAAAAGCUGAGGCAACUGGGCAGUCAGGAUGUGAAUGGAGUGGAAGUGCUCCCUUCUGGGUGUCGGUCACGUUUGAGAAACAUAAGCUCAUCACAGCUAGAUCAAAGAUCAAAAACCAAAUCCAGUGAGAAGUCUGAAUUACCUCCAAGCAGUCUUAAUAGUAAUACAUCAGGGCAAAGUUUACUAUUAGAUAAAAACAGCAUUUCUAGAGUUGUGUUUCCAAAUAACAGAAUGCAUGCUACUGACAGUGACAUUGAUUCCGAAGAGGAAAUCAGAGCAAUGAUGAUAAAGAAGAUGGAAAAAGAGCAAACCAAAAAUUUUGAGACUGAAAGUGACCACCUGGAAAUUGUUGGAGAUAAUUUUGAGUUAAAAUACAAUACUCACUGGUCCUUAGGCAAUCGAGACAGCGUGAAGAAAGUUGUCAAAGGAAACAGUAAAGAGAGAGGGGCUAUGGACUGGGACAAUGGCUAUGACUCGGCGGAUACAGAUGAGAUUAUUGCUGAGAGUAAAGCCCCAGGUCUGAGUAGCACAAAAACUGCGGUUUUGGAAAAUGCUAAACAGGUGAAGGUGGAAAAUAAACAAAUGUUAUCUAGUAAGGAAUGUGAUUUGGUAAAUGACUCCUCACUGAAAACUCACAAUUUAAGAGAAGAUGAUGUUGAAAGCAAAGAGAAAAUGAGAAAACCUAGCAUUUCUGCCUUGUUGAGUACAGCAGGGAACAGUACAGCAAAAGCAAGUCAUAGUGAGAGCUCUUAUUCAGAGUCUGAGGAAGAAGAGUCUGAUAUGAGUUCUGAUUAUGAAUCCAUGAUGCAAAACUGUUAUCGUCUAGACCUUACAUUAGAUGACCUAAAAGCUUUGGCUGCUGAAAAAUCUGAGACAUCAGUGGAAGAAUUCAGUAGUACGCAGAGUUCUAGUCAGUGCAGCAUUAAAGAAAGUGCUAAAGGCAACGUCGUGCAUAAGCCAGAACAUUCUAAAAUUCCUCCUGCAGUUAUAAAAAAGUGCAUCUGUCCUGAAGAUAUACUUGCUGCCAUUUUAGAUGGGGAGGAGGAUGCUGAUGAGGAAAGCUCCAAAGGACGAAGUAAUUCAUGUUUGAAAUUCCAGCCCUUCAGAGGAAUGGGAUCCCUUUGUAAUGAGUCAACUAAGGAUAGCACUGAUUUAAAAAAGAGAUCUGUAGGAAGUUCAGGUUUUGAAGCUUCUCUUCCUUUUUGUGGGGAGAAGUCACCUGAAGGGCAAUCUGAGAACCAUCCAUUUUAUUCUCUUGAAGUCAGCACUAAAAAGAAUCAAAAUAUACAUUGUGAACGGCACAAAGAGUUGUCAGAUGCUGCUUCCUUACCAGAUAAGAAUGUUUGUGGGCCACGUUUACAAGGAACGAACACGAAGACAAAUUCUCUGCAAGGUGAGCAGAAUUCAGAGUAUGGAGAUGUUGUUCCUUGCACCGAUGAAGGUGAAGGUGAGAGCAGUGACAUGGAUAGUAAUGCUGCCAUGUCACAGAAACAUGUGAAACGACAACUGAAAAGCCCAAAACUGCUUUCAAAAAAAAUGAAAAGAGAUGUAAGCAACACAAGUUCAGAAUGUGAAAUUAAGAAAUGUGCAAAUAGGAAGAUGAGUCUUGUGGAUGAUAAAGAACUUCCAGGUUCUGCUUCAAAGGAAUCUGAUACAAAAAAACAAUUGCAGGAUAACCAGAAGAGGCUGGCAGCUCUGGAAGAGAGACAGAAAGAAAGGCAAUUACAGAAGAAACUCAUUCAAGGAGCUCUUUCAAAUUUGGAUAGCCAGCCAGCAAACAAGCAUAAACACAUCAUAUUCAAUUCAGAUAUGGAAAGUGAAGCUGAAGUGGAAGAAACGUUGAAGCAAGAUGAGAGUUCAGAAGAUAUGCAUGGAAUAAAGGAACAUGAUCCUAAAUCUUCUAGAAGACUCUUUGAAAGCAGCGAAGAUGAUCAAGAUGAAACAGAUGAUGAGAGAUUCAAAAUUAAACCACAGUUUGAAGGCAAAGCUGGUGAAAAACUCUUAAAUUUGCAAUCACGUUUUGGCACAGAUGAAAGAUUUCGCAUGGACGCUCGAUUCCUUGAAAGUGAGAGUGAAGAAGAAGGAGAAACCAAUACAAUGGAGGCAGAUGAGGAAGAAGAAGAGUUUGCUGCAGAGAAAAAGAAAAAUCUGCAAAUACUGGGAAGUCUAUUGAAUAUUGACCUGGAACAAUCAAAAACAACUAAAAUGGCCAUAAAUGCUAAGAAAUUCAAGGAUAUUAAUGCCCUCCGCUAUGAUCCCACGAGGCAAGAUCAUGCAGUUUUUGAGAAGAAACCAAAAGCUGUAGAAAAAGAGAGUAAGGCUAAAAGGAAGAAGAAGAAAGAAGAGAGUGAGAAGCUGCCUGAAGUGUCUAAAGAAAUAUACUGUGACAUUGCCGUUGAUCUAAAAGAGUUGUUUGGGUCUUCAAAGAACAAAUCAAAAAAAAAGGAAGGAAUAUCCUGGGACAAAGAUGAAGCAGAGGAAGCAACUCCACGUGACCAUCUGGGGCCUGAUGCUGAGAGUAACACGGCUCAGGAUUCUAGUGAUUUCAAAUUUUCCUUCUUUGAUGACAAGGAUCGAUCUGAUGUAAAAGAAGAGCCGUAUGUUUUUGAAGCAAUAAAACCUAUGAAAGUCAAAUGGCAAGAAGAUCCACGUUUCCAGGACAGUAGCUCUGAGGAUGAUGACGAACCAGAGGCAACAGAAAGUGAAAGAGAUAAAGAAAUGUUUCUCCCUUUACCACAAUCAGGAAGUGUUAGGUUUUUCUUCUUCUCCAAAGAUGAUGAACGAUUAAGAGAGGGACCCAAGUUAUUUUGUAGAUCAGUUAACCUCAAUGAAGAAAAAGAUAGCUGGGAAGACAGGCGCAGAUUAUUACUUGAGGAAUGCCGGAAGAAACAUAAGGAUGCAAGAAGGAAAGUGAAAACAAAACAAUAAGUCUUGAUGUUUCGUGUUUCUUCUUUGAAAGAGACGUUUUUCUGCAACUUCUUCAAAAUUCUAGUAUUUCAAAGAUCUAACAGGAAACAAUAUUUUAAAAGACUCUUAAAUAUCAUUUCUGGAUGGCUACAUAUUUAUUAUGUCAAUGUAAUAAGUUCUUUUUUGGUUGUUUGGGAUUUUUUUCUAUAUGGUUUAAAUGUGUCUUGCUUCAAUGUGUAUUUACUAAAAGGUGGGUCGUUUAAAAAAGGAGCAGUGGAUUAUUUUGCUAUGUUCUUGGACCCCUGUGCUGCAUGGGGUUGAUGAAGAGCAGACUGAUCCACACUUACAUAACCUAUAUUCAGCUGAAUAUAGUAGAGAUCCUAUUGGAGGUUCCUUUACAAGUUUUUGGAAUGUUCUACUUUCAGAGUAAAUGUUUACCAGAAAUUUAUGAAAAUAUGUAUAUAACUGGGAAAACCUAUGAAAUUAGUAGGUUUGUAUUUCUUCACAAAGAUAAUUUUUCUACUUUUUAAUUGUGUAUAUACAUUAAUAAAUAGUAAGAACAAA